AUGGGAAUCAUCCGUGCAGAGCACCUGAUCGAUGAAGAGUGCCUCGGUGGCAACAGGGGCAUAGAAUGCUGCCUGCCGAACUCUACAUCGCCGCCGCCGUCGCCGCCGGUGCACCCGCAGUGUCUGCCGAUAGCCAUCAGGGAGGCGGACGUCUUCUACGGGCCGCACCGACAGCGCUGCAUGAACUUCGUGCGCAGCGUGCCGGCGCCGGCGCCAGGCUGCCAGCUGGGUCCCGCCAACCAGCUCAACGACAUCACUCACUGGCUCGACGGGUCGCAGAUCUAUGGAAGCGACCAGGCCAAGCAGAACAGCCUGCGGACGUUCACAGGCGGCCUGAUGAAGACCAGCGCGGGUAACCUGCUGCCUCGCGAGACGCUGACGCUUGAAGCGGAGGGCACCUACGGCACCUCCUGUCGGGACCGCGUAUGCUUCAUCGCAGGCGAUUCCAGAGUCAACGAGAAUCCGAUCCUGACCAUGUACCACACCAUAUUCGUGCGUGAGCACAACAGGGUUGCAAACACACUCGCUCAGAAGGUAUGCACAUUCCUGGGAAGCGACCGCAAUGCUGCAACGACGAACUUGAGCCCACGUGGGCCUGAUGUGGCCCACAUUUGACUAUCAGAUUUG